UGAAAGGUUAUCUCGUAAAGUAGUGAAAGUUUCGCUGAACGGAUACAUACACGAACAAUAAGUUCAUGCAAGAUGCCUGAUAACACUGGUCGCGACGCACGCAUGAAAAAAGAAGACAUCGCCGUAGGUGGUGAUAAUAGAAAAAUUAUCAUGGAUUUUCUGAUCAGACUGAUGGAGAACGCGAGCCUGACCAACGACAACACGAAGGAUAUUGGUUUUGUGAUGCCCACCGUAGGAGACCAACCGGAGAAAUUCGUCCGGCUCAGCGAUUUGGAACGAUCGUUUGAGGACAUGGCUCUGGUGCAUGAAAUAGCGAUUAAUGAUAGUUUUUCGCUAAAGUCAACAACCCCAGAAUCGGACGCGAUUCGUUACCAGCUGCAAUCCAAAAUGAAGGAUGCCUACUGGGAUCUGCUGCGGGAACAGCUAUCGAAGGAUCCGCCUUGCUUCGGCAUGGUAAUUCAGCUGCUACUCGACAUUAAAGAAACCUUCAAAUCGUUGCUCAAGGGCAACAACGACCGAGCGCUGGAAACCAUCCUAAUCGUGCUGGAUGAAAAUAACCUGCAUCGCUUGGCCGAAGAGCAUGGCAUUGCUGUGUUGGAACACAAUUCGCAGUUCGUUAUUAAAAUCAUGGGAAUGGCAUGUUCACCGGCACGUGAUAGCGAGAUUGCGGCCUUGAGCAAGAUAACCGAACCGAUCGCCAAGCUGCGUGGCAUAAUGGAAGUGUUGGAUAAUAUGAAGCUCGACAUGGCCAACUUCGUGCUCGAGUCGACACGAUCCGAAUUCGUACGUUAUUCGGUUGAGUACGAGAAGAAGAAGUUCGAAGAACUGCAGGCGUUCUGUGGCAACCGCUUCCCCGCCACCACGGACUGGCUGAAGCGGAACAAGCCCUGUUCUCUGGCCAAACCGGGCACCGCCGAGGAAGCGGCCGGCCCGUCAACGAACCGGGGCACGAAAAUGGUACGCCUAUUGGAUGGUAGCGUGCUGAUGCCGGAAUAUUUCAUUGAGCCGUAUCUUGAGCUGCUCAACCCGGACCUGAACCAUCCUUGUCCGGAGCUUUUAAAGCUGGACUGCGACCGUUUGGAGCGGAUGAAGGAAGAGUCCUUGCGGCUGAGCAUUUGCGCGACCAUCAUGCAGCUGACGUGCGCUUGCGUUCCGACUCUGUUCAACAUAUCUAUACGGCGCGAUCUGGCCGCUAACCUGGACAUCCUUAUCAGGGACUAUCCGAAGCGUGCCGAGCUGAAGGACACGCUCGAAAGCCUGUGGCUGCAGGUGCUGGUGAGUAUCGAGAAGCAUUUCAAGGAGAGCGGUUCGCCGAACAACGAGUCGAAGAAGCUGGCGCUGAAGGCACAGAUCCUGGAAAUCGACGGCAGGCAGUCCGCUGUGUACAACGUAGUGUGGCGAAAGCUAAUAACGUACAUGAAUUACGUCAUUGUCAAGGAGCAAGAAAAUGAAGUCGCUUUCCCGCCAUGCUAUCUGGACUACCGCGACGAGAUAAUGAAAAUAAGCUACACGUUUAAAAAAGUGAUCGCACACAACUUCGCCGUACAUGGGGAGUAUUAUCAGCAGAUCAUGCAGGAGCUUUAA